UAGACGGAUUGCGCGUCAUCUCGCCUUCCCAAAUUUUCUCCUUCUGCUCCUCGAUUGCAAAACAUCAUAUCUGUAGUACGGACUACAGGGGAAAGAUGUUCAACUCUGUAAAUCUGGGAAACUUCUGCUCCCAGACGCGUAAGGACCGGACAUCCGAGUUUGGGGACAGGACGGGCUGUGCCUCCAACAUCUACCUCCCCAGCUGCACCUACUACGUUCCCGAAUUUUCCGCCGUCUCUUCGUUCCUUCCACAGGGCCCCUCGCGGCAAAUCACCUACCCCUAUUCCACAAAUCUAUCUCAGGUGCAGCCGGUGCGAGAUGUUUCUUAUGGUCUGGACCCGUCCGGCAAGUGGCACCACAGAACCAACUAUUCAUCUUGCUACUCAGGAGAAGAUCUGGUGCACAGAGACUGUCUUCCGCCAUCCACCAUGACAGAAAUGCUCAUGAAAAACGAAAGUGUGUACAGCCACCACCACCACCACCACCACCACCAGCAUCAUCCAAACUCCAACCACCCCUCUACUGGUUUCUAUGCCGGCGUAGCGAAAAACAACGUGCUGCCUCAAGGGUUUGAUCGCUUUUUUGAAACAGCUUAUUGUAGUGCGGAUAAUCAGCCCGAUAAUUGUUUACAAAAGAGCGAGAUGAACAAACUAGACACUUCGUCACAACAAAUCACAGCUGUUGCGGCAGCCCAGGAGCAGGAAAAGGACGCAGAAGAUGAUGAGGAACAUACAAAUUCGGGCUCAUGUACGUCGUCAGCUACUAAGGAAGGGAACGCGAGCAAGAGCAGUCAGUCGAGUACCCCGCGCACAAGAAAGAAGAGAUGCCCAUACUCCAAGUUUCAGAUUCGGGAACUGGAGCGAGAGUUUUUCUUUAACGUUUACAUCAACAAGGAGAAACGACUGCAGCUGUCCAGAAUGUUAAACCUUACUGACAGACAAGUUAAAAUAUGGUUUCAAAAUCGCAGAAUGAAAGAAAAGAAAUUAAGCAGAGAUCGCUUGCAAUAUUUUUCUGGGAAUCCGUUGCUGUAAUUGUUAAAACGUUUUGUCUAUUAUUUAAAAUUCGUCUGUCGUACGCCUACAAUAUGCCAAUCGAAAAUAUCUGUCUAUUUAACAACAGUACUAACUGUUUGAGUAAUUUGAGGUUGUAAACAGGAGGGUAGGGACAAGAGAAUGCAAAUGAUAUAGUUAGUUAUAUAUGUAUAAUACAAACCGGCAUUUCUCGUUUUGACUGACAAACUGGAGUUUAGAUUUGUCACGUCUUUUAAGAAAGUGUUUGAAAACCCUUUGGGAAUGGUCACAAAACAGUCUAUUAUAAUAGCAAAAUUUAAACAGUUUUGCUUUUUCUUGUUGUAUAUAUGUACAUUAAAACAUUCACACUCGAUUCUUGUUCGAAUCUGGAGAUGUCAUACUUGUUUCUGUUUUCACCAUUUAGAACUGUGACUUGUACAAUCUGUAAUAAUGUAUUCCUUGUACAGAGAAUAUGCUGUGUGCAUUUGUGAAUGUAAAUAUAAUGUUAUUUUCGAGUAUUCUCACCCUAUUCCUGCUGCUAUUUUUCUUUACAUUGCCCUUGCGACCUUGUGAGCUUUGUUCUUUGACUCUUUAAAUUAUUUGCUGUAUCCAAA